CUCACUCUAUUCUCUUCUCCUCUUCUCUCUCUCUCUCUCUCUCUCUCUCUCUCAAACUACCAAACUCCGCUUCCAAUAAUGGCAGCUUCAGCCCUAGUAAUGGACCCAAAGCCAACCCCAGAGCUACCGCCAUCGGUUCCUUCCACAAGAUCCGACCUGCAAAGCAACUUCGCCGACCAAACCUCCGACGAAGACGACCUCUACGGCCGACUCAAAUCGCUACAGAGACAAAUCGAAUUCAUCGACAUACAGGAGGAGUACGUGAAGGACGAGCAGAAGAAUCUGAAGCGAGAGUUGCUGCGAGCUCAGGAAGAGGUGAAGCGGAUCCAAUCGGUGCCGCUCGUGAUUGGACAGUUCAUGGAGAUGGUGGAUCAGAACAACGGCAUCGUCGGGUCAACCACCGGGUCGAAUUACUACGUUCGGAUCCUUAGCACCAUCAAUCGCGAGCUGUUGAAGCCUUCGGCUUCGGUUGCUUUGCACCGUCACUCUAAUGCCCUCGUCGAUGUGUUGCCGCCCGAAGCCGAUUCGAGUAUCUCGCUCCUCAGCCAGUCUGAGAAGCCUGAUGUUACCUAUAAUGAUAUUGGAGGGUGUGACAUUCAGAAGCAGGAAAUUCGUGAGGCUGUAGAGCUGCCCCUGACUCACCAUGAGUUAUACAAACAAAUUGGUAUAGAUCCUCCUCGAGGUGUUUUGCUUUAUGGUCCCCCCGGAACUGGCAAAACUAUGCUUGCCAAGGCUGUUGCUAAUCAUACAACCGCUGCCUUCAUUAGAGUUGUGGGCUCUGAAUUUGUUCAGAAGUAUCUUGGAGAGGGCCCACGUAUGGUACGUGACGUUUUUCGCCUUGCUAAAGAGAAUGCUCCAGCGAUUAUCUUCAUCGAUGAGGUUGAUGCUAUUGCUACAGCUAGGUUUGAUGCUCAAACUGGAGCUGAUAGAGAAGUUCAGCGUAUUCUCAUGGAACUCCUGAAUCAGAUGGAUGGGUUUGAUCAGACAGUGAAUGUUAAGGUUAUCAUGGCAACUAAUCGAGCAGAUACAUUGGAUCCUGCACUUCUUCGUCCUGGGAGGCUUGACCGAAAAAUCGAGUUCCCUUUGCCUGAUAGACGACAAAAGAGGCUUGUUUUUCAGGUGUGCACUGCUAAAAUGAACCUUGGUGAUGAGGUGGACCUGGAGGACUAUGUUUCUCGGCCAGACAAAAUUAGUGCCGCUGAGAUUGCGGCUAUUUGUCAAGAAGCAGGAAUGCAUGCAGUUCGCAAGAAUAGGUAUGUCAUUCUGCCAAAGGAUUUUGAGAAGGGAUACAGAACGAACGUGAAGAAGCCAGAUACAGACUUUGAAUUUUACAAAUGAGGACGAGAGAUGGAAGCAAAUUUGAGAGUACCGCUGUUAAAUGUUUAUGAGCAUGAUGUGUCCAUCUUGACAGAAUCCUAAUUAUCAUCCACAACUAGUUAUAUGUUUUUCUGAUGAACUUUGUUGAACGGUUAUAGCCAUUUGUUGCUAAAUUGUUUGUACUUAA